AUGGCUUCAAAGUUCCUUCGCGAGUACAAGCUCGUAGUAGUCGGUGGUGGUGGUGUCGGAAAGUCGUGUUUGACCAUUCAACUCAUCCAAAGCCACUUCGUCGAUGAAUACGACCCAACAAUCGAAGAUUCAUACCGCAAGCAGUGCGUCAUUGACGAUGAGGUCGCCCUACUCGAUGUGCUCGACACAGCAGGACAGGAGGAAUACUCAGCAAUGAGAGAACAGUACAUGCGCACCGGCGAAGGCUUCCUGCUCGUCUACUCCAUCACCUCGCAACAAUCCUUCGAAGAGAUCAAGACGUUCCAACAACAAAUAUUGCGCGUCAAGGACAAGGACUACUUCCCUAUGAUUGUUGUCGGAAACAAGUGCGAUCUGGACGGAGAGAGAGAAGUGUCGGUCGAAGAGGGCAAGGAGCUCGCUCGCAGCUUCGGAUGCAAAUUCAUCGAGACAUCGGCCAAAUCCCGCAUCAACGUUGAGAAUGCCUUUUACGACAUUGUCCGCGAGAUCCGCAAGUACAACCGCGACAUCACUGGCGGCGCACCAGGCGCAAGAGCGAAUGGCGGUCCUGCCGAGAAGAUGAACAUGGACGAGGGCGACUCAGAUGCCGGCUGCUGCAAGUGCACCGUCAUGUAA